AGGUUCGUGGACACGUACGCCAACCUCACCCUCAAGACGACCGCCAUGCUGGAAUGGUCGACGACCUUCUGCCCGGAGGCGCGUUACCUCUUCAAGGCGGACGACGACGUCUUCGUCAACGUACCCAGGAUCCUGGAACUCACCGCGGAGAAGAAAGACGAGACCCGCGCCAUCUUCGGGCGCCUCUUCCUCCGCUGGCAGACCCCGCGGGACUCCGCGUUCAAGCACUACGUCUCCCCGCAGGAGUAUGCGCCCUCCAUCCUGCCCGACUACGUCCACGGCCCGGGCUACCUCAUCACCGGCGACAUCAAGAGGGACCUCUACGAGAUGGCGCUGGCGACGCCGUUCUUUCUCCUCGAGGACUGCUUCUUCACCGGGUUCAUCGCCACCGCCAUCGGGGCGCGCAAGAUAGGCGUCGACGCCUCCUUCGAGUUGCAGGACAAGGCGUGCAAGCUCCGGAGCGAUAUGUGGAUCGUCGCCAAGACGCCCCCGCAGUUGUUCGACCUGUACAAGAGGCAUCUCGAGGGCCGGGUUACUUGCUAUGGAGGGGAGUAUGGUCGGUAUGGUCGGUACGGGAGACGACCCUGAGGAUUGACUUAAG